AUGCAAACCAUCUGGAGCCGGGUUGCGCAGACUCGGGGAACGUGCAAAUGCCCGCAAUGCCUCUCCUACGCCAAUGGGGUCACUCGACGAGCUACAGCAUCGGCAACGAGGCGCACGCCGAAGUAUCUCACCUCAUCGACAUUAUGGUAUUCUGGGAUCUUCGCGGCGGCAGCAACCUUUGAUGCUGGUGUGAAGAAGAAGCGGAGAGAGCAAUGGGAUCGGGCCAUUGGGGAUCUGAGACAGGAGCUUGGGCAGCCGGAGAGGGCGAGGGAGGAGGUGCUUGUGGAGGAGAGAAGGCAAGAUGAAGAGCAGGAAUUGGAGCUGGAGGAAGGGCUGGGUCAGGCGGUAGAAGUCGGUGAGGAGGCUAUCGCUGGCUAUGAACCAUUUGGGAGUGCAGCCGAGGACGGCAACGUCUUCAGAGACGUCGACCCAGAGGACUCCAAGGCAGAAUGGGCAACGAAUACUGGUCCUCCCCUGGAUACGUUCAAUCUUCCACCCCAAUCAAUAUAUGCGACGGAUGAAAGGAGGAGUCAAGCCAAAUUAAGACGAUGGACCACGAAGAAGAUAUUGACGGUACAGGGCUCGACAGAGAAGUUCCUGGGUCAGCUGUUGCUUGAGCUGCAGCGGAGAGGAUGGUCAGCGGAGGCUGCGCAGGCAGUGCCAGAGAACUUCGCUCAGCUCAUCCUGCAGAAUCAGGGCGACCUGGAGCAGCACUACCGGGAGACUUGCGCAAGACUUAGGGUUACGAAGAGGGUUGAUGAGCCAUACCUCCACCCAGCGGACUUCAAUGAGCUCGUGGAUCGUGAGGCCGGCCCAAGGCGCGAGGAUACGCAGAUAUGCCGCUUCGGACAAGACGGCCUUGGAGGACAUCAUAUCACGACGAGGUGGCUGAACUCUUCCCUGCAGAGCCUUUUCGAACAAUACGUCAAGGCCGAUAUACAAACACCGACUCUCCUUGCGAAGAUAGCGUACAACCUGGCCAUCUCAUCCGCACCACCGAAUCUCGAAACCUAUAAUACCCUCCUCCUCGGCCUAUCCAAAGCACAACUCCCCACCCUCAGCAACGCCAUCAUCGCCUCCAUGAACGAAUCUCACAUCCGACACAACGAAGUCACCACGGCUGCCGUCCUCGACCACUACAUCGCCACCGCCAACGACAGCGGUUUCUGGCGCUACGUGUCUCUUAUGCGCGGCAAGUUCGGCGGCAUGGCACUCGCCCGGAAUGACCUCGAAAUCAACGAGCAGAACAAGUCCCGACUGGUCCGCCACCCCGACGACCCGGAGAAGAUCAUCCAGCUCCCCUACCCCACGCCCUACGUCUUCCGCGCCAUCAUCGAAGGCCUGAUCAAGUUCUCCGACUUCGACCGCGCCCUCCGCAUCUGCGAGUACAUGCGUCACGAAGGCUGGGGCGUCUCCAUGGCCGGUCUCACGCCUUUGCUAAAAGACUGCGCGGAUCGAGGGGACUGGGAGAAUGGACUAGCGAUCUGGAAGAAGAUUCUGAUUCUCAAGGGCGAGAGCACGAAGAAGACGAAGAAGGCUUGGGUAUCGGAGCGAAUAGGCAUGACAGCUUUCGCGGCGAAGCUGCGGCUUUGUCUGCAAGUCGGGCAGAGGGAGGUUUACGACGCUAUAUGGGAGCAGGCAUUGAAGGCGCAUGGAGGAGCGAGUGCAGCGAGGCGGUUGACGCAGUUGGUAAAGGAGCAGGCUGCGGUGCGGAAGGAGCGGUCAAAUACUUUCGACCAGCUGCCGCAGGUGGUCAAGGAUGAGAUGCGGGGUGGUGCUGUGGCUGAGAAGCCGAGGGUCGUUGAGGAGCGGCAACCGGUGGAGGGGUCGUCGUAUACGCCUUUCCAGUACGAAGACCCUGAGGCGGGGUUGGAGGAGAGCGGGUAUGUCACGACGCCUGCCGCGGGGUUGGAAGUGCUGCGGCAGGAUGUCGAUGUAUUGGCGGCGGCGAAAGCGGAAGCAGGCGAAGGUGCCCAUGUCACUGCACUCGUGCCCACCCCAGAACGGCAGGAAGCAAAGGAGGAAGCGACGACGUCGACGGAGCCUAUACCGCAACCUCCUGCACCCCCGAAUGAGAGCCAGAAGAAGCUGCUGCGAAAUCUACCGGCGAAUUAUAGGCUGGAGCGUGAUCGAGACAUGACCGUGGGAUCGAUAGGGUUGUAUGGCUGA